AUUUUGANCUGACACCUGGAUGAUUGGCAGUCUUAUUACUGCCAUGAAUGCUGUGGCAGGUUUUGCAGGUCCCCUGUCUGGACCAUUAGAUGGUAUUUUUGGAACUCGCACUGUGGUCAUAAUGAGUGGUCUCCUUAGUGGCUCGUCUCUGAUACUCUCGUCUUUCUCAACCAGCACACUGCAUCUGGCACUAACGUUAUCCUUAUUGACAGGGCCUGGUUUGUCUAUCAUCUCUAUUUUGACCAGAGCAAUGGCCAGUCAUCACUUCACCACAGGCUAUGCCAUGGCUACUGGUAUUGGGAGUUCAGGCCAUGCAGUGGGCAUGAUGCUCAUUGGGCCCCUGACUCAAGUACUUUUAGACACCUAUGGCUGGCGAGGUGCUAUGCUACUUCUAGGGGCUAUCAGCAUGCAUCUUGGUGCAUUUGGCUUCCUGCUACGAUCAGCACCAGAGUCAACACGGGCACGAGACAAGUACCGACCAAUCGUGACCAGGGAAGAAGAAUGAGUCGCCUACCAGCCAAUCAAGAAGCUUUAAUGCUAAGAAGAAAUCACGACUCCACAUCUUAAAGGAAACUAUCUUUGCGCGAGUGACUCUUCUUGGGUGGGCAGUUUGUGGCCGCGUCGAGUUCUGGAUUGCUGUUCCCGUUUUUGGGAGUGAUUAUUUUGUGUCUAAUAUGUGGAUAAUCUACAUUGUGUCUUAUGCCAAGGCUAAAGGUUUUUCUGGAUACGAAGCUGUGACGUUUAGUCUAGCUGGGGGAAUAGGAAAUGUGGUUUUCAAGAUUGUCUUUAGCCUGAUUUUAUACAAAGGGCUGCUGAAGAUGCGACCCAGUUUGUUUGUGACCACCAUUGCCUGCUCUGUGACUUUGCUGACCCUUCCUUGGAUGAGCACAUACUGGAUUAUGAUGAUCAACGCUUUCCUCUACUACGGCCUCAGCGGAAUGAUAGCAAUACUGGGUGACAUUUACACUCGUGAUCUGUUCGGAGAUGAAAAUUUAGUUCCUGCUUUCAGCUGGCUAGCUGUUUUUACAGCAGCCUUGACAAUUGCGUUUGGCUUUUUCCCAGGGUUGAUGUUCGACCUUACUGGAAGCUACGACCUGGCAUUCGUCAUCUUGGGAUGUGUAUCGAUUCUACCGCUGGUGUCGCUCUUUGCGGAAGCGCUUUUAAGCCGACGAAAGGGGCGACCACUUUAAAUGUCCUCGACAUUGUUGGUCACAUAUUCGCUUAGUGGCUAAGA